CUUGGAAUUGCAGUCCUCGUUUCAUUUCCACCACUGCGACGGAAGGCAUAUGAACUCUUUCGAGGCUUACAUCUCCUCACGUCCGCCAUGAUAGGUCUAUCACUCUGGCUUCAUAUCGCUGAACCGACUAUUGUAGAAAGGAUACAGAUCAUUGCUGCAACAGUGCUAUGGGGAGCGACACAUCUAUAUCGAAUUGGCAAUUUAAUGUAUCGAAACACCCCGUGGAGUUCGAAUCGAACUACUAUAGGCAUCGUACCGUUUGGUAAGUCACUGCAAGUCAAUAUCAAGCCCGGUAAAUACUGGAAAGUUAAACCGGGCCAAUAUGUCUAUCUCACCAUUCCAUCGCUGAGCUUCACUUCGCGUAUCCAGCGUCACCCGUUCAUGGUGACGCCAUCAAAUGACUCGGACUCAUUGGACAUUGUAAUCCAGCCACAGAAUGGCUUUACGAAAAGAUUAUGUAACUCAUCCAGCAUUCCAAAGGCAUGGAUUGAGGGGCCGUACGGUCUUCCGUAUUCCCUGCAUGACUUUGGGACGGUGGUUAUGUUUGCAAGUGGUAUUGGGAUUUCAGGGCAUCUUCUAUAUCUACAGCAGCUAUGCAACGACUACCAGGAGUACCGCAUAAAGACAAGGGAGGUGCGUGUAAUCUGGAUUGCCGACAAUCCGCAU